UGGGUGAAGUAUCACUUUAAGGUGUUCAUAUUACGUAUCUACUGCUUUCUUUGGUGAGCUAUGCCCGGAACGCAUUGCCGCUCAUUUGUUUCUAACGGACUUAUUUACAGAUGCACAGACACAAGUGCACUGGCUUGCCAUACUGUGACCGUCUUGAAAGAAUCUGUAAACGCUUUUGCGUUAGUUGAAUUGUACAUAUUGUCAAGGACUAAAAAAACAAACAGCAGUUUGCUCUUGGUGAUGUUUAAUUCAGCACAUCAGCAGACACAUCGGACGCAAGUUUUCAUGGAUUUAAAGUCCAAGCCAGUCUCAACGGCCAGACUUUGAUCAAGCGCUGCCAUGUGUGAGCUGAAUACAUAAAGCUUUAACUCUUCCCUCAAACAUUCACCUUGAAAAUGUAUUUUGGACUAACCAUCCCUAUUCUUCGAGGGUGUAUCAGACACUUGAACGGAUCCUCGGUGACGUGUAGAUGCAGAAUAACCUGGAAAAGAAACUACAGCUUUUACAGAGAUGAUGUCAAAUCGGUUAGAGCGGUGCUCAAUCCAGACAUCUCAAAGAUUCGGAACAUAGGCAUCAUGGCACAUAUAGAUGCAGGGAAGACCACCACCACAGAGAGAAUGCUCUACUACUCAGGAUAUACUAGAGCUCUGGGAGAUGUGGAUGAUGGAGACACUGUAACCGAUUACAUGACCCAGGAGAGGGAGAGAGGAAUCACCAUCCAAUCAGCUGCUGUUACUUUUGACUGGAAGGACCACAGAAUUAACCUCAUCGACACACCAGGUCACGUUGAUUUUACUUUGGAGGUGGAGAGAGCUUUACGAGUCUUGGAUGGAGCUGUUGCUGUGUUUGAUGCAUCUGCUGGAGUUCAGGCUCAAACCAUGACUGUGUGGCGGCAGGCAGAAAAACAUCAAAUUCCAUGUGUGUGCUUCCUAAACAAGAUGGACAAACCUGCUGCUAGCUUGAAUUACUCAAUAGACAGCAUAAGGACCAAACUCAAGGCCAACCCUGUUCUCAUUCAGAUUCCUAUUGGCUCAGGGAAGGGAUUCACAGGAUUGGUUGACUUGAUCACAAGGCGGAAAAUGGUUUGGCUUGGAAACUCUCUAACAGACGAUGGCCGUCAUUUUGAGAUCACUGCCCUGCAGGCGUCAGAAGACCCUGAGAUGCUUCAGGCUGUCAGUGAGGCCAGAGGAGCUCUAAUAGAACAGGUAGCAGAUCUAGAUGAUGAGUUUGCUGAGCUGCUGUUGGGAGACUAUGGUGAAAACUUUGAUGCAGUGCCUGCUGGGAAGUUACAAGAGGCGAUAAGGAGGGUUACAUUAGCUCGUAAGGGAGUGCCCGUGUUGUGCGGAAGCUCGCUGAAGAACAAAGGGGUUCAGCCUCUGUUGGAUGCCAUCACUGCUUACCUCCCUGCACCCAAUGAGAGGCACCACGAUGUAGUGCGCUGGUAUAAAGACGAUCUGAGUGCGCUGGCAUUUAAGGUGGUCCAUGACAAACAGAGGGGUCCCCUGGUGUUCGUCAGAAUCUAUUCAGGAUGCAUGAAGGCUCAGUCGGCAGUGCAUAACAUUAACAGGAACGGAACGGAGAGAAUGAGUCGUCUUCUCUUGCCUUUUGCUGAUCAGCACAUAGAAAUCCCCUCCUUGUCUGCAGGAAACAUUGGGCUUACAGUAGGACUCAAACAGACUGUGACAGGUGACACUAUCGUCUCCUCCAAAGCCUCUGCGGCGGCUGCAUUACGGCGAGCUCAGGAUGAAACAAAGAGCGACAAGAGUUCACACAGGGAAAGCAGCAGUUUGGUGCUUGCCGGGGUGGAAGUCCCUGAACCUGUGUUCUUCUGUUCCAUUGAACCUCCUUCUAUGGCCAAACAGGCAGAUUUAGAGCAUGCCCUCAACUGCCUGCAGAGGGAAGACCCCAGUCUGAAAGUCAGAACAGACCCCGACUCUGGACAGACGAUACUGUGUGGCAUGGGGGAGCUGCACAUUGAGAUUAUCCAUGACCGCAUCAAGAGAGAAUACAACAUAGAAACCCAUCUCGGACCCUUGCAGGUGGCCUACAGAGAAACUAUCCUCCAAUCAGCAUCAGCCACAGACAUGUUAGAUCGUACCCUGGGAGAUAAGAGACAUGUAGUUAACGUGGAGCUUACCGUACAUCCUUGGACAGAGUCUGGCACUUCCUGUGACAUCACUUUUGAGGAGGAAGUAAAAGCUCAGCUCCCUGCUGAUGUGAGAGAGGCUGUGGAAAAUGGAGUUCACAGCGCAUACCUUCAAGGUCCUCUGAUGGGUUUUCCUGUACAGGGAGUACAAACAGUCAUCCAGCAUGCGAGUUUGGAAUCGGGCACUUCUGCAGCUAUGGUGUCUGCCUGCGUGUGCCGCUGUAUGCUCAAGGCUCUGAGACAGGCUGGAGGACAGGUUUUAGAGCCAGUAAUGGAUCUGGAAGUGACAUUGGGGGAAGAGCAUCUGAGUCCUGUACUUGGAGAUCUCGCCCAGCGGCGCGGGACCGUGCGUGACAUCCAAAGUCGGCAGGAAGACAAAGUUUUGCUGGCUACAGUUCCUCUGGCAGAAAUGAUGGGCUAUUCAACCGUUAUGCGCACUUUGACUUCUGGAAAUGCCACCUUUUCUCUGGAGCUGUCCAGCUAUGAGUCCAUGAAUACUCAUGACCAGAACAUACUGCUCAACAAGAUGGCUGGACUGGCUUGAGCUGAUAACAAUCAC